UCUAAAAAAGCCACCAUUUAUUUCAGCGACUCAGACUUCUUAUACUGUAACUCAAAAUUCCCACCUGAAGAAGAUUACCACCCAAUUCAAUUUUUAGGGUUAUAUUCCUAAAUCUUAAUUUCCAAAUUACAAACCUUAUUAUUCAGUAACAAUGGUAGUCAAAGGAAGGCACGUCCGAGGUGGUCUAACUCGUAAAUCAUCGAAUUCGACGCUGGUCUUUGCCGUAUUUAUUGGAUUAUCUCUUCUCGUGUUGAUUCUUCUCGCUUUUGGAAUUUUCUCGAUUCCUUUCAGUUCUAAAGGAUCUCAAAAAGCACAUGAUCUUAGCUCAAUUGCUCACAACGCAGUUGGAAGACGAGAUGAUGAUGGUGGUGGAAAAGGAGAUCAGUGGGCUGAAGUGAUUUCAUGGGAACCAAGAGCUGUUGUAUACCAUAACUUCUUGUCAAAGGACGAAUGUGAAUAUCUGAUUAAUCUUGGCAAGCCUCAUAUGAAAAAGUCAACUGUCGUCGACAGUGCUACUGGCAAGAGUACAGACAGCAAGGUUCGAACAAGUUCUGGAACAUUUCUUGCCAGGGGACAAGAUAAAGUAGUCAGAACUAUAGAGAAAAGGAUUGCAGAUUUUACUUUUAUACCAGUAGAGCAUGGUGAAGGUCUUCAAAUUCUCCACUAUGAAGUUGGGCAAAAGUAUGAGCCACACUAUGAUUACUUUGCCGAUGAGUUCAAUACUAUAAAUGGUGGUCAACGCAUUGCCACGGUUUUGAUGUACUUAUCAGAUGUGGAAGAAGGGGGAGAAACUGUAUUUCCUACUGCCAAGGGAAAUGUUAGUGCGGUUCCUUGGUGGAAUGAGCUAUCUGAAUGUGGAAAAAGUGGACUCUCUGUAAAACCAAAGAUGGGUGAUGCUUUGCUUUUCUGGAGCAUGAAGCCUGAUGCUACUCUCGAUCCUUCAAGCUUGCACGGUGGGUGCUCCGUGAUUAAGGGUAACAAGUGGUCAUCUACGAAAUGGAUGCGUGUUCAUGAAUACAAGGUUUAACCUACUGCAACAGGUCUAGUUUUGAGUUCGGAUGCAGUCAUUGUUGUACGAUUUGUAUCAAAAGCGGUUAUAAUCUUGAGGAGAGCCCAUGCCUUCAACAUCAAGCCUAUGAUUGACUUUUGUGCCUGAUUUUAACUUCUUUAGUUCCUUUUGCGUUUUCUAUAACAUUAACAGAGUUAGUAUUUGUUAGUUUUCAUUUUUUUUUAAAGAUGUAUUAAAUACAACUGACUUGUGACUGAACGCACAGCUCAGAUAUGAAAUGUGAAUUAUAGCUAGUUAUAUACGAUGUCUAGUUAUACUCGA